AUGAAGGUGGUGGAGCUCAAGGAGGAGCUGGGCGAGCGUGGCGAGGCCCUCUCGGGCAACAAGGCGUGGCUGCGCCGCCGGCUGCACGCCGCUAUAGCGAGCGAGGAUUUGGAGACCGCGCUGCGGGCGCCGCCGGAGAGCAGAAUGAUACCCUCAGACUAUGUCGGUCCCGAACACGGCGACCACGCCCACAGGCACAGCCACAUUACGGCUUUAUAG